UAGAGUAACAAGGAAUUAGCGCCAAGUAUUUGAACGGGGAAUGUGAGCAGUAGAGUGUCGCAGACUAAAUAAUUUUGCCGUCGUUGCUCUAAUACGACAAUCAGUUAACACUAAAUCUGGCAAUCCAAACGAAGUUCAGAAAUGACUGACAGAACUUUACCAAUACUUUUUAUUAACCUUGGAGGAGAAAUGUUGUACAUAAUUGAGGAUAGACUUACAACACAGCAAAUCACGGAGGAUAAAACGAAAAAAGUUCUUCACGAUAUUGUGGCUACGAUGCUAAAUGAGCGAUUUGUGGAAGAGCUAUUUAAACCGCAAAAACUAUCAAACAGACAUGCCCUCAGGACUCUUUUCGACAAUCUAGCCCAUGUAUCAAUAAUGCGGCUCAAUAGAACGAGUAUGGACAAGCUCUAUGAUUUGAUGGUCAGCGUUGUUAAGUACCAGAUUUACACUAUUUCGAGGCCUCAAGAUCUUCUAUUGGUGACCAUGAACCACCUGGAGGCUUUAGCAGGGAAAGAACCUACUAAUCUUAUUACAAAAUUAAUAGCAAACUACCAUACCAAGUUCAUUCAAACGUACGCCACGAUGCAAAGCGGAGAAUUACAGCUAUUAAGGAACUUCAUCCUAAACUAUCUUCAGGACGACACAGUAAGGGUGUCUGUUUUGCUCAGGGAUAAGUCUCAGAACCCUGACGGGCGAUUUUUCAUUCCGACAAGUGGUCCAGUGGCAACAGGUUGUGAAGUUCCAAUAAUAAUUAGAACAUACUCAGAGGAUGGCACAUUAGAAGGACAAAAAGUCGUAAACACACCCUACCAGUUUGUACCCUGUCAGGAGUCUGGUUCCCUAGGACUUUUUAAACCACACAUAACCAAAUUGGGUUUGAAUAUUUACCACGCUGAAAGACAAGGGGAGGAAGCCACUGCUUUUGUACAAGACGAUAACCAAAUAUUUAAUCCAGAAUCCCUUUUGAUGAGCAAAACUCCAGAAAACCUGAUAGCAAGCGGAAAUGUAGAAAAGAGCGUCGGUUACCAGGAAUUAAAUUUGCUAUCAAAAUUACUCCACCCUGAGAGAAAUGAGCCUCCGCGUGAGACUGCAAAUCUGAUAUUGAUAGAUAUGUUUGUCGCUGAUGGCAAGGAAAAAAGGAAUGAAGAGAUUCAAGGAGUAAAGGCAUCAACUAACCCUGCAUUAGUUGUGGAUGCAAGGAACCAGGAGCAAGCACGAGAGUUGGCUAAUCUUUUCAGUGAAAUUAACGUUCGUUCUAAGAGAACAAAUCAUUCAGAAAGCACAGAGGAUCUAUUAAAUCUAAUCCCGUCAUAAUAUGAAAAAAAAACUAAAUUUACUCUGUAAACCUCCGAAAAUAACUUAAAAUUUUGUGAAAGUUUUAAGUAAGUUUUAGAUUAAAAUUUAUGUAAAUAUUUAUGUAUCAUUAAGUAUUUUGCAACAACAACAACGCCAGUAAUCACAUUGUCGAUAUAUGAUUACACUAUUACCUUACAUACUUGUAUUAAAAAUAACUUUUGUCGACUCCCGCUCUUUGGCGAAAUACCAUUUUUUUGCAUUGAAUUAACAACAUCAUGUGAUUAAAUUCUAAAUCUCAAUAAUUAAAUAAAAUUUAUAAAAGAUCUCCAAUGAUUUUUUAAGAUUGUUGUGAUUGUAAAGUGCUCUUGAAUCAUUGUACACUAUUUUCCCAUAUCCUCGCUCCAAAGCAUCAAAAUGAUUAAAAAGCGGGUAGUUUUAAAAUCGAAUAUUGAGGUUAGUUGAUGUUAUAGUAUUCUUCUACUUGAGCUCCCGCUCACGGAACUUCAAAUUGUAAUAUCGUAGGGUCCGCCUUGAAAAUGUAUUUAUUUCCACGUUUUAAAAAUGUGGGAAGGUGUAAUGUACAUCUCCUUAUAGAUUAUAGAUAAAUAAAAUACA